AAGACCAAAAGCAGAGAAAUUGCAGAGAGAGAUUAGGAGGAAGAGGACGAAGAGAAAGAGAGAGAGAGAGAGAGAGAAGUACUAUUUUGUUUGGGUUUUGUUCACUAAAAUGGCGACCGGGAAGAGCUACCUUGCGAGACCCAGUUAUCGUUUCCUUGGGGGGAACAGAGAGAAUUCAAAUUCGAUUUCCAUUAUAUCAGAUUCCCCGUUUGAAUUCGACGAAGCGGAUGUCUGGACUUCAAAUCACGGAGACGCAGUAGCAUCACCCCCAGAAUUGAAGAAAAUGAUGAUACCCAGUUCAAGAAUCUCAAAGAAAUUGGCGAAAAGGGUCGAGAAUGGGGGAGACUUUCGAUCUGCGGGAGUGACUUCUUCGUCGUUGCCGGUGAACAUACCAGACUGGUCGAAGAUCCUUAAAGAGGAUUACAGAGAUAGUCGCCAGAGAGGUAAUGACGUUGACCUUGAUGAUGACGAUGAUGAUGAUUCCAGAAUCCCUCCUCAUGAGUUCUUAGCGAAACAAUUCGCUAGGAACACCCGGGUUGUUUCCUUCAGUGUUCAUGAAGGGAUUGGUAGAACCCUUAAAGGUAGGGACUUGAGUAAAGUCAGAAACGCUAUCUGGGAGAAGACUGGUUUUGAGGAUUAACCAGAAACAGAGACAGAACAGAGCAUGAAGAGAAGAGAAGAUCUUUUUUUUUUUUUUUCCUUUUUGUUUUCAUUUUAAUUGAUUUGCCCUUUUUGGUUCCCCUGCUUGGUGCUUACCUGAUUACAGAUUACCUCUUCCUCUUCCACUUUUGGGUUUUUGUGUUGCUUGGGCGGAUCAUUCACAGAUGUAGUAACUCUGACUAGCAUUGAUUGAGAUUGUAACUAGAGAAAAAACUUGAAUUUUUUGUCUUAAA